UUUAAACGUCAGUUUGACAGCUUACCUAACCUAAGAUUCUGGUCGAAUCAAAACAAUCUGAAUAAUUACCUUUAAUAAAACUUUUUUCUGAGUCAUACGGCUGUAAUUAUGUUAUAAAGCCAUAUAAUGAUUAUCGGCCUAAAGACUCGUAAGCUAUAAAUCAAAAUAGAGUUAUAGAUUUGUGCGUCAGCAUGGCCGAAAGUGCGAUUUCUAGCAUUUUGGACAGCAUCGAGCCCCAAGAACGUUUAAAACGGUUGAUUGAUUUCAGUAAUUUGAUUCAGGUUGAGCCUCAUAUUCCCCCAAUAAGGUAUUACCGGUCAGGUUUAGAAAUGGUUCGGAUGGCCAAUGUUUACUACAAAGAGGAAAAUUUCGAGAACGCCUAUUGUUUGUAUUUAAAGUUUAUGACUUUGUUUCUGGAGAAAAUCAGGAAACAUCCCGAUUUUAACACUGUGCCCGCGAAUAUGAGGUCUGCUAUCCAGGCUAAGUUAAGGGAAGUGUUGCCUAGAGCGGAAAAAUUGAAGGAAAAGUUGUUAGAAGUUUAUAGGCAAGAUUAUGAGAAAUACUGUGCGCAUUUGCUAAAGCUGCAAGACGACGAGAAUGAGCGGAGAAGACGUGAGAAUUUAGCUAAAAAAGAUCAGCAGAAAUCGAAAAAACCGGCUGUCUUACCGUCUGACUUUCUGACAGCCAAUAUUCCAGGGUCCAUUGACAGUGUCAAUUAUCCCGAUCCAAAUGUUCCAACGCCUAAACCUUCAGCGCCUGAACUUCCACCUCCAUAUGAAUCUGACUUUUGUUUUCCAACAACGCCAGCUUUUGAUCGAAGUAAAAAACCGUCAGAUCAUAUUAUUGCCAGCGAUAAAUACGAUAGCGGAGCUCUAAAAACAGUUGUAGUGCCUGGUAGAGUUAUGUCUUCUUUCGAAAAUAUGGCCCAAAGUAACACAAACAAAAAUAUAGAAACUUGCGGUAUACUUGCAGGAAAACUAGAAAAGAAUCAAUUAAUUAUUACCCAUAUGAUAAUUCCUAAGCAGACUGGUACCUCAGAUUCUUGUACAACAAAAAACGAAGAAGAGCUUUUUGAUUACCAGGAUCAACAUAACUUAAUAACAAUCGGAUGGAUCCAUACUCAUCCUACACAAACUGCGUUUUUAUCGAGUGUGGAUCUUCACACGCAUUGUCCUUACCAAUUAUUGAUGCCCGAAGCUAUUGCCAUUGUGUGUUCACCAAAAUACAAAGAGACUGGAUUUUUUAUUCUGACACCAAACUAUGGACUACAGUACAUAGCAAACUGUAGAAACGCGGGGUUCCAUCCACAUCCGUCAGAUCCACCUUUGUUUAAGAAAGCGGAUCAUGUGCGUAUUGAUAAUGGUGCCCAUUUAGAAGUUCUGGAUCUACGUAAAUAGUAUUUUUUUUGAGAAAGUACUAUUCAUUUAUUGUUUUAAAGCACACACUUUGUUGUAUACUUAGUUUUUGAUGCAUUUAUAUAUGUGUGUUUGUGAAAGUCUUGUUAAAAACUGACAUAAAAAUAAUCAAAAUAAUUUCUAAACUAAUAUUUUAUAUUGCACGAUAUUAUCUACAGGGUGUCUUAAAUGUAUUCAAACGCGAACAAAACGAACUAGUAAAAUAGUAAAACUAUUUUUACAGCUAUAAUAAAAUAAUUCUAAAGAAAUCUCUUAACGAAUAUUGUAUACAGGGAAUUCCAAUCUUCCGUGGGAAUAGAAAAACUACGUAUUUUUUAAAUCAAAAUAAGUUCAUUGGACACAAUUUAGCUCUAUGCAAAAGUGCUUCGUUUGUCCGUUAGUGGGCAUCAAACUUUAUAAGAAUAAACACAUUUUUUAAGAUAUUUUAAGAAUCCAUAUUCCGAUUUGGGGUGCCAAAGAAAAAAUACGUAGUAGUUCGAUGUCUACGGAAUAUUGGGACACCCUGUAUUUUUAUGUUGUCUCGCUAGAUAGUAAUUUAUGUAGUUUUUUAAUUGAUUACCUCACUGUGAUGUUAAGCUUAGUUUUUUUGCUGUACUAGUGAUAAUAAAAAGCAUAUUCUAUU